ACAACUCACAGUAGGGGAUCUUCGGGAUCUGGCUGCCAUACGGCUUGGCAAGUUAAGUCCAUUUCCGCGUUCUUGACGUCGCCUCGAAAAUACCACUAGUCUCUCAUUGCACCAGAGCCGAGAAAGUUGUGCAAUGGCCUGGAAAGUUGCGGAAUUGAUGGGUACACCAUCCAUGCAGAAUGCUGUCCCAAGGUGUCAAGCUUGUUCCGAGGUGGAGGACCGGCAUGGAUACCUUCUCCCACUUAUGCAGCUUGGUAUCCUGGUGUGAAUAGCUUCUUGAGUGUGUCGAACUUUUUCAUCCUUUUCCAAUCCUUCUCGCUAAUGUCCAAUCUUUAAUACUCAGACCGUUUGAACAAUGUCAGCGCCACAAGGAACAUUCUCAGCCCUCAAGGCUGGAGAAACUGUCGUCAAGCUUCCUCAUCCCUACCAGACCGAGUUUGCGAUCGAAAAAGUCUCGGCACAACCUGACACGAAUGCGCCAGCCUAUAAACUUGUCCAGAAAGCUCCUGGGUCUGACAAGCGUUUGCCCUUUGAUCUUUACAACGAUGGCUUCGUUUUCUCAGACCCAAUUGAUCUGAAGUCAAGCGAGCUUCCACCUCAAUCCAACAACAGUCCUUGGGCUCGGGCACGCCGUUCACCAUGUGUCACCGUUUAUUGGGCUGGCACCGAGGCGCCAAGCUUGGGUCAAGUCUGGCUGCUUGCAUAUGCUCUGUUCACUUUGAGAACAUCCGUGGAAUCAUAUCGACUGGAGUUACAUGGAGUUGGGGCCGCUAUUUUGGGCCAACAACUCACAGCAGUGUUGCUUGCCAUUGAUCACCCUCUCAAGGGCCGAGAGAAGCGCCAACCCUCCAACAAGACUGACGAGAGCCUCGUCCUUCUCCUGCGAAGUACCUUCUGGCAAGGCGCUGGAUCACCAUUUGGACCUCGACCUGUUUGGUGCCCAGAAGAAUCGCCUUCAUCUCUGCCCACCUCAGCACCUCUUGGAUCAUUCCCUUUGACUCCUUUACACAAUACAACGACCAUCACAAUCGCCGGAGAUCCUGAUGAUCCCGAGAGAGUUCAGCAGUCAUGGCACCCAGUCAGACCAGCUAAGCCCGCACCUGGGGCUGUUGUUUACAGCCGAUGGAUUCCUCAUCUUAACGAGACCUUCUCCAUGGUGUCAGUCGACUAUAAUGAUACCGAGCACGUACGUCUCUUUCAUGAAUGGCAGAAUGAUCCUCGUGUUUCCCAGGGAUGGAGCCAGACGGGAACUUUGGAGCAACACCAGGAGUAUUUGCGCGAGGUGCAUGAUGAUCCGCAUGUAAUUGCGCUUCUAGCCAAGUGGGAUGAUAUCCACUUUGCAUAUUUUGAGGUCUAUUGGGCCAAGGAGGAUCGACUGGGUGGUUACUUCAACGCUGGUGACUUCGACCGCGGUCGACAUUCCCUUGUAGGUGACGUGCGAUUCCGCGGGCCACACCGUGUGUCGGCGUGGUGGAGCAGCUUGAUGCACUACCUCUAUCUCGAUGAUCCGCGCACUAUGUAUGUUGUUGGGGAGUCUCAGGAGACCAACACAACUAUUGUUAUGUAUGACUUCGUUCAUGGCUCGGGUCUAGACAAACUUGUCGAUCUGCCACAUCAGCGCAGCGCUUUCGUCAGAUCGUCGCGAGAGCGCUUCUUCCAACUGUGCCCACUAGCAGACAAUGAGAAGGUUGUUGCUGGUACAAAGCUUGGUCUUGUGCCUAAGCUGUGAGUGUCGAACAGGAUAUGAGGGUCAUAAUAGAUUUAUAGUAAAUGCAGGUAGAUAGGUACUGGUUUGAGAUAUUCGGGACAGCAAUAAAAAGUUCAUGUUUGGAUCACAGGUUUUUAGAUAUCCUCAAAUUAUGCUUGUGAUAGAAAGAGCCGUGUCUCACUCGUGACUUUCCAGCUUGUAAGGUUGGAUUUUUGCGUGCAUACGAGGGACUGCCAAGAAACAAAACGGCAGGUGUUGGGUGUCUGACCAGCUACUUUCCAUUUGUAUCUAUAAUAGCCUUUCCUCAAUUUUCUCUCGGUUCUAAACUUUUAUCUUCCAAAAUUCAAGUUAAUAAUCGCAUCACGCUUCAAAAUAUGCAUAUCUAAUCCAUCGCUUGAACUCAAUCAGUCCUGUCCACUCCACUCCACACUACAGCUUCGCAGUUACUUCCUGCUUUCGGAGAAGCUCAUCGCCCAGCUUGGCCAUCUCAAACUUACGCACUUUACCACUUCCUGUCAGAGGGACCGUUGCCGGAACAUCGCCAUCACCCAGCCAGAAGACGUGGGCAGGCGAUUUAUGACCACCAAGCCUCUUGCGACACCAGUCCUUGAUCUCCUCGAAUUGGGGCUUUUGGUGGCCUUCAGCCAACUCAACAAACGCGCCUACGACUUCACCAUAAUGCUUAUUCUUGAGGCCGACGACAAUAGCACGUGUUAUAGCAGGAUGAUCCAUCAGACGCUCCUCAAUUUCAAGCGGGUAAAUGUUCUCUCCACCUGUUGAAGCGGGGUCAGUCAAUCAUUCCGUACUGCCAAGACUGAUGUUCUUAACUCACCUCUGAUGAUGAUAUCCUUAAAGCGCCCAGUAAUCGAACAGUACCCAUUUUCGUCAAAAACAGCUUCAUCGCCGGUAUGCAGCCAGAGGACGCCAGCAGCGUCGCGGAUCAUAGUCUCGUUGGUCUUCUCUGAGUUGUUCCAGUAACCAGCCUGUAGCUGGUAACCGCCAAUGCAGAGUUCACCACGCUCACCGACAGGUACAAUGUUGCCAUCACGGUCCACAAUCUUGGCCUUUGCAUGAGGCAUCAAAGUACCGACAGUCGUCAAUCGUGUAUCGAUGGAAUCGUCAGUGAAGGCAUUGAAGCACGUUGGGGAAGCCUCCGUCAAGCCGUAACUGCUGGUGAACUCUGUCAUUCCGAAACGGUUUACCAGGAGCUCCAUAAGGUAUCGAGGAACGGGUGCACCAGCGAUGAUACCAGUACGCAGGUUGUCGCAGUUGAAGUUCUCGGGCCACUUUGCCUGAAAGAGCGAAUCAAACAUUGCUGGAACACCGUGAACGGCAGUGCAUUGUUCAUCAGAAAUAGCCUUGAGCGUUGCGUCAAUAUCGAAAACCUCCGCCGGAUACACGAUUUUACCGCCGUGAGUGACAACAGCAAGAAGACCGAGCACCAAGCCAAAGCAAUGGAACAGCGGUGGAGGGCAGCACAAAAUAUCCGCAGGACCAAGCCGCAUGCGAUCCCCAAUAAAGCGUGAAUUAUUUACCAGGUUGCUAUAAACUCGUCAGCUUAGAGUUCGAAAAGUCGACAGUUCGCACCAAGCUAACACGCUGCUCAGAGGAAUUCAUGGAUCACUUACUGGUGGGUGAGCAUCGCAGCUUUGGGCAAUCCGGUCGUUCCGCUUGUGAAUUGAAGGUUGACCACUUGAUGAGGAAGCACCUUGGUCAUGGCUUGAUACAGUCUUUGGUGGUUUCGCCUGCGACCAGCAUUCACCAAUUCGUCAUAGGUCUGGUGUUUACCAGACUCGUCUCCUCUCAGCAUUACGACCAUGGGGGCUGUCUUCUUAUUCUCAAGCUGCUGUAGCAGCUGCGUCUGGUCAAGCCGUCCGAUUCUUGGCGUUGUGAAGAAAAUCUUGCUGUCAGAAAACUUCAACCCAUACAUCGCUUCAGUUGGUGUGUAUGUGUUAUUCAGGAUGACAAGGAUAGCACCGAUUUUAGCCACCGCGAAGAAGACAGCCGCAUAUUGUUCACAGUUACCUGCCAUGAUGGCAACACGAUCGCCAACUCCAAUGCCCAUGUCCAAUAACGAUUGCGCCAGAGAUGAGCUUUGUUGGCUGAGCUCAUUGUAUGUCCAGCGGGCGCCUGUCCAGGGAAUCACCAGACAUUCUUGGUUGCCAUGCUGGUAUGUCUGAAGCUCAAGAAGCUCACCCAACGUCAAAUCAACCAAUGGAGGAUCGACAGGGCCCUCAAGGACAGAGAGCUUCUGUUGUUGCCGCGACGGCGCGGAAGGUAUAUUCGUCGCUUCGGUCGCCAUGAUGAGUGUGGAUGAAGUUUGGAACUGAAAAAUCACUUGGGAACUUCGGAGAAACACGACGAGGUCUGUAAAGAAAGCAGUCCUCGAGAAAAAACAGCAGUGGAUGCCGAUCAAGGGUUCUCCCUUGCAAUAAUAUGCAUGCUCAAGCUCAAACAGACGCUAUCAACGUGUACUUCCGUCCGUAUUAACCCACCAUGAUGUCCUGCCCCACCAUCAGUGCCGUACUCCGUUCAGGCCCAUGCUCCUGGAUGGGGUUGACGCCAAUUACGGAAUCAAGUGCGUGUAUAAGGAGCCAAACAAUGCGGAAUUGUACCAGGGCCGAACUGGUGCGGCAAUUUUUAUGAGUUUUUGGUGGUGUCCAGAUGGACGCCGUCUCACACUAGACAUCGCCAGUUGCAUCAUCGCUCGCCGUCAUCCAUUGGCGAAGUCGUCCGAAGUUUGGUGGACUGAUCAUCCAGGAUUCUUGAUCGAGCUUCUACGCUCGUGUCAAAUUGGUCAACUGCAACCUUGUGUCUUCCCUCACCCAUGUUUCCAAGGGCACGGUCUCGAGCGACAAAGAACCGGGACCCUGGGGAUGGUUCCGUCCUGACGGAGCUUCUGUUCAGUUCCUACGCCAUCCACGCACCUUUUGUGGCCACUUGCAUUACUUCAUCGCGUCAGUACUACUGUGCCAUUUCAUCGCCUUAACCCUGCGCUUGAUCCAUCAAGCCCAGGCCGGCGCGAGACCAAGUUUUUUUCUAGCGGCUUUUUUUGCGCCAAGUAUCUAAUCUGAUGAUCAGAUAAGAUGAGUUGCCCCUCAUCAGUUGCGCAGGGUUAAAGCCGGAACCUUCUACGUCCACACCCC